AAAAUGGAAAAAAUUAUUCUUUUUGAGUCUUUUAAUAUCAGUAAAAUAAACAAACAAAUAAAUGAAAAAGAUUAUAACAACAUCAUGGAUUUAUUGAAUGAAUUAUCUGAACUUGAUCCAAAAUGUUUGUCAGAAGAUGAUUAUAAACAAUUAAUUAAAUAUUUGCCUUUAUCACCUACUCAUAACAAUCAAGUUUUAACUGCUGGAUGUAAUGUAAUUGCUUCAUUAUGCUCAGUUGACUUAGCAAGACAUUAUUUUGGAGAAAAAAUAACCGUGUCUACUGUGAACAUAUUAAAGUCACUUAUAAGUCGUAUUAAUAAAGAUAAGUGUAUUCAAGAAUGUUUGCUUCAGACAUGUCGUGCAAUUGGGAAUCUUUGUUAUUACCAUGAAGAAAAUACUAAGUGUGCAUUAAAGGAAGGAUGUCUUUUAAUUACGAUGGAACUUUUGAAAACAAAGAUUAAUGAAAACAUUCAACCUGUCAUCAUCGGAUUAUUAUUAAAUUUAACUCAUCUGGAUGACUAUAAUUAUAAGUUUCCGGAUAAUAUGAUUGAAGAAUUAAAUUUGUAUGGAAUUCAAUACAUGGAAUAUAAGAAUAAUAACUAUAGAUUUUAUAUAAACUUGGUAUCAGUAAUGAUUAAUAUUGUUAGAAAGUCCUCAAGUAACACUAAAAUAACAGAUUAUGAAAAAUGUUAUUUUAUUGAUCGUUUAUUAAAGACAUAUAAUAUGCACAUCAAUAUUACUUCCAUUUGUAUUAAAUUCAUUAAACAAGUGUCUAAGACUUAUAAUGUUUAUAACUGGAUAUUAAAAGAAAAACAUAAAACAUUAAUAGAAGUAUUAGAUAAAUAUGAAGAAAAUCAAGAAGAAGAUCCAAAACGUAUUGUUAAAAAAAUAUGUGAUAUCAUAAUUUUACUUUCCAAUGAUGAUGGUUCGAUGGAAAAAAAUAAACAACUUGAUGUUUUAUAUUUAGUAGAAUGGCUACUUAAAAAACUAAAUUCUAAUAAUUUAUAUUUGAAGUUGUCAGCUGUAAGGUCAUUGGGAAACUUUAGUAGAUUUAAAUAUGAACCAGUUCAUACUACCAUAAGUCCUGCCAACAUUAUAAUGAAACAUAUAACAUGGUUUAUAAAUAAUUUAGACAAAUCAAUCAAAGAUAAAAAUUCAUUGAUGGAAGUAUCUAUACUUUGUUUGUUUAAAAAUCUUUUGUAUGUUACAAAUUUUGAAUCUGUGUGUGAGAAUGAUAUAGAUAAAUUGAUCAAAACCACUAUUGAUGUUUUAAAUCACACUACAUUUAAUCCAAUAGUAAUGAAAGGCUUGGAUGUUAUAAGAUAUAUCAUAAAAAAAGGUGGCAUUAGUCAAAAACAGCUUGUUCUGUACAAAAAUUCAACCUUUAUUAAAUUACUGACUUCACAUUGUAAUAGUGUUGAUGAAGACAUUCAAAUAUUAGCCAAAAAAUUACUUUAUUCAAUUAAUGAGGAUAUAAAUGAAUCUGAAAUUGUUGGAUCGAUAUCUGUGGAAGACAAUAUACAAAUUAAAGACUAACUUUGAAAAUAAUUUAAUAUAUAAUAAUAGUAAACCAAAUUAAAUAAAUUAAAAACAUUUGUUACUAGUUUUGUAUGUUACAAAGAGUUCUUAUUAAACACCAUUAUUAUA